AUGUCACUAUCACGUCCGUCAAACGCUUUUGAUGCUCUAGUACCAAACGAAUCUUUCUUCGACAGGGAAAAGGAGAGGCUGGUGGAGGAGAUCUCGGCUAGCUUCGAAGAGCUUAUGGGACAUACCAAUGUCUUAAAUCGAAAGCUAGAAGAGGUAUUCGGAGUCGGAAAGGAAUUCACGACCGUGGCGUCAUUAUGGGGGAAAUUCAAUGAUUUGAUAAGAGAACAACAGACCGAACUUGCUCAAUCAGCCGACAUAGGUGUACCAGGUACAGGAUCUUCGCAGUUUACUGCCAGCGUAGUGAAGAACAAUCAAGCAACAAGUGGUAAUAUUGCCGGAAAGUAA